AGCGUCGCCUUAAGGUGCUUAUCCAGAAGAUGUUCGACUUUUUCGAUGGUGUGAUCCAGAGAAGGUUGCAGCUGAGGACGGAGAAGGGUUGCGUGAGGUGUAACGAUGUUUUGGAUUAUCUCCUUGAUUUAAUUGAAGAUAAAAAUGAGACCCUGGACAUCUCCCUAGUCAAGCAUCUAUUUCUGGACAUAAUCACCGCCGGUAGCGAAACCACUUCGAGCACACUGGAGUGGGCAAUGACAGAACUACUUCGCAACCCGGAAAAGCUAUCAAGAACCCAAGCUGAGCUCCAUCAAGUCAUUGGCAAAGGCAAGACGAUCGAGGAAGCCGAUAUUUCUCGCUUACCCUAUUUAGAAGCUGUCUUGAAAGAGACUUUCCGGUUGCACCCAACGGCUCCUCUCCUUCUUCCUCGAAAAUCUGGGGAAGAUUUUCCUAUAGGCGGUUUCACCAUUCCAAAGGGUGCACAGGUUUACAUAAAUGUGUUCGCGAUAGGACGAGAUCCGAGCAUUUGGGAUGAUCCAGACAAGUUCGUGCCCGACAGAUUUCUUGGAUCUGAUAUUGAUGUUAGGGGACAAAACUUUGAGCUGGUACCGUUCGGUGGUGGCAGGCGGAUUUGUCCGGGGUUACCAUUGGCCGCGAGAAUGUUGCUUUUGAUGCUCGGUUCGCUCAUCAACAUAUUCAAUUGGAAGCUCGAAGAUGGUGUUAUCCCCGAGAACAUGAACAUGGAAGAAAAGUUCGGAUUAGCCGUCCAAAAGGCUCAAUCUCUAAAAGCUGUGCCCAUUCCUAUAUGAAAGAAGAAAAAGAAAUGCAUGUUCGUGUUAGAUUCUACGUAA